AUGCUACUCGAACUGAUUCUUCUCGGACUAGUCGCCUACCUCCUUCUGGCUUGGCAUCGCAAGGAAGUCGAAAAAGGUGGUGAAGGCCUUGGAGCAGCCGGUCCUAUUCUCGAAGAGCUGGAGAAUGUCGUCUUCAAGAUCAUUGACAUUUUCAAGAAACAGGCCAACUCUACGUCGACAUCUAAGAGAGGUUCUACGAAAAAUACUACCCCGAUGUUCGCUGAGGAAGCUUCGACUCAAAGAUCGUCACCGCGAAUUGCUCAGAUCGAAAAAUUUGAAAGUGUUCGACAGCCAAGAGAGAAGAGUCGAUCGAAACAUCAUUCCAGACAUCGUUCGAAGAUGGAUAGUGCUCUCAAAGCUGCACAAAAAUAA